UUUAUCGUAACGUAUGUAUGUCGUAGCAUUGAUUAUUUCUCCUAUGCAUUUAUGGAUACAGCUGUUUGUUACUUUACAGGACUGGCAAAGUGAGGUCCAGGUUCUUUCUGUCACAAACUCACCACUUGUGCGCCCUAACAAAGAGCCCAGAGAUUGUGGCCAGGAUAGAAAGGAAUGCCCUAUAUGUUGUGGCUGCUUUCCAUCAGAUGAAAUUGUUCUGCAUGCAAGCCUGUGUGGUGAAAGUCUACAGGACACUUUGAACUACAGUACAGACAGCUGUGUGCUACGCGAGGGAAGCUUAUCUAUGGCCGACAUGUCUAGUGACGAUGAUGUACUCCAGUGGCUUGCAAGCCAAGUAGAUGCAAGCAAAGAUUUUAAGAUCUGCAUCACCCGGGACAACCUUUUCCAAAGAGGCCUAAUUCAGUGGCAGAGACAGAAGAAGGGCUCACCUGUCAACAAACUCAAUGUGACUUUCAUUGGCGAAGCUGGAAUCGACACUGGAGCAUUAAGCAAAGAAUUUUUGACUGAAAUGAUGCAUGGCAUUGAGAGGCGACUGUUUGAGGGCAGUAGCAAGAAGGGAAAGAGUCCUGUCUACUCGAUUUGUGACCUAGAAAAUGGUUUCUACAGAACUGCAGGAGAAGUGUUUUCUGUCAGCCUAGCUCAGGGUGGCCCAGCACCAUGCUUCUUCAGAAAUUGGUGUUACCAGUUUCUUACAACAGGGGACUUUGAUGCUCUGCAACUGACCAAAGAUGAUGUGGAUGAUCUUGAAUAUGCUUUACUCAUAGAAAGGGUGGAGGCAGCAACUGAUCUGACACAGUUCACAGAUGAAAUCGUGAGUUGUGGUUACACCGGUUUGCUUAAGUUGGACCAAAAGGACAGUAUCAUAAGUAGAGCCAUUGUUCUGCAUGCUACAAUGCGUCUGACUCCCAUGCUUCAGCAAAUUAGAAAUGGGAUGAAGGUCUACAACCUUCUGGAUGUGAUUGGGAAGCAUCAAACUCUCUGCUCAAACCUGUUUGUCCCCAAAAAGGAUGAUGACAGACCGGAUGCUGACUACAUAAUGAGUAUCAUAGUCCCUGAGCUGAGUGAGAAGGGAAGUCCAAGGCAAGCAAGAGAAAAUGCCAUCAUCAACUUCCUCCAGGACUUUCUACAAGACCUGGAAAUCACAGGUCAGAAUGAAGACCAGCAAAUGUGUGAGCCUCUGACCCAAGAGGAGCUGCUAAGUCAAGAAGAGCACUGGAGUCAACAAACACACAUGCUGUCAUGAAACACCAUGAAAAGGCAACUGCUGGACACCUGGGACAGGCCAUCAAUUCCAAGUUGGAGGAACUGAGGUUCCAACUGAAGAAAAAGGAAACCUGAUCGAGUUUAGAGUUGUCUAAUAGAGAGGGUGAAGGAAGAACAUCCAAACCCUGCCCCUGCUCCCUUCAAGAUUUUAUGGAUUUAUAUAAUGGUGUUUUUUCAUAGUAAAGGCAGUGGCAAAAUUAACAUGACAAUACUUUUUGUUCUACAAAUUAAACAACACACGCACUCCAAAAAACAACAAUUUUGAUACAGUUUGCAUUUGCAAGAAAAAAAAAUCAAAGUAUUGUCAUGUUAAUUUUGCCACUGCCUUUAUUUUAUGAAAAAACACCAUUAUAUAAAUUCAUAAAAAAUCUUGAAGGAAUCAGGGGCAGGGUUUGGAUGUUCUUCCUUCACCCUCUCUAUAAGACAUCUCUAAAACAUUUUUUUUUUUUUUUACCGACUUUUUCAUUAAUAAUAAUAAAAAAAAAAAUUAUCUUCAAGAAUUACUUUUCAGGUUUUAGCAUCAUCCUUUAGUAUUAAUAAUAGCAAUUUCAGUAAAGUUGCUGGUUUGAUUUGUUUUAAUUGUGCAGUUUAUGUGCACUCUGUUCUUUUGUCAAUAAAAUUCUUGUUUUUCUAUAGUAGGUGUUAUGUCAUCUGAAUGUACUGCUCAUUUUUGCAAGUGAAUUUAUACUGUCAGCUUUUAAGUUGCAUU